CCGGAGGGAACCGGAGCACUUAAAGGGAAACCAUGGGGAGAAUAUCCAAACUCCACACAAUUUGUUUCUCUUUUUUUUUUCUGAAAUUAUAUAAAGAAUGCCUCUGCAUCCAUUUUCUUAGUUUUGGUAGAACUUGGACAAAUGUAAGCAUUACUGCAAUGGACUUCAGGUUGUGAGGAAAUUUUUUUUCACGGCCUGCAUUGGCAUCUUUUCAAAAAGUCAGUGUCAUUUUAGGCUGGUAUUACCUACGCCCUUCUCAUGAGAAAGAAAGGAAUUUUAAAAAGGAAAUGUUUCUGUUGCUCUCUCUCCUGCCUCUCUCUGUGUCUCUUACUUUUGUCCCUUCGCUUACCCUCUUCUCUCUGCUGCUCCUCUCCUCUGGUUUCUCAAACUCAGUUUCUCAAACUGCUUCAUUUUAUUUUCAUGUUUGAGCUGCUUUAACUGUAAUUCAUUAUUAACCUUGCAACUUGAAGUAUCUGUUUUCCUGCUGUGCUCAACGAAGCAGAAAUAACUAAAGCAUGAGCACAGCAUUGGGCUUGGUUAAAAAAAUACAUGGGAAGCAGGUGUUCUAUUUCUGCUUUGUAACUUGGGCAGACAAUUCCACUUCCAACUUACUGGCUUUGGUGGUUAAGUUCUAUGGAGAUUCCUAUUCCACCUGCAAUUUAUUUCAUUAGUGCAAAAACUGGUCUUUGUCUUUUUAUCUUUGUACAGUUAGUGCAAGUAAAAACAAUGUCCUUGUUUAAUAUAUCCUGGCCAAAAAAACCCCACACUUUCUCCCAACUCAUUGAUUUAAUGCCCUGAAAGUUGAGCCCUAGUGUUCCCGGAGUCACCACAAACAUUAAAAUUUAAUAAAUACCACAAAUCCCAACAUGCCUCUGACUGCUGCUUUUGAUAACAGCAAACGACUCCAGGCUUUCUUCAGUAAAUUAAAAAUACACUACCUACUGUGACUCGUCACCUGUAAUACGUAGAUUCUUUCUUUUCUUUGUUUAAAUUCUGAUGUCAGCACUCCCAAACAAUAUUCUAAUUUUGAUAAUCCCCACCACAAACAUGUAACCAGGGUCAUGAACAACUGCUGGAAGACUAAGGACUCCUACUAUAAGCUUUAGAGCCUUGAAUAUCAUGGUAUAUUCCUGGAAAAUUUCCGAUGCUCUUGCAUCUGAUGAAGAUUGAGAAGCUAGAAAGCUAGUUUGAAAUUGAUUACGUGUAAUUAGCCUGAAAAGAGCAACUUGGAUUCCUGAAACUGGAUCAGAUUCAAAAAGGAUAAAGGAAAGACACGAUGACCAUGACCCAUGUUGGAGCAAUUGUGGCUGCAUUAACUGGAGUUGUAGCCUUCUUCCUUUAUUCUUCCAUACACAAGAUUGAAGAGGGCCACCUUGGCAUUUACUACAGAGGUGGUGCUUUGUUGGCCAGUCCAAGUUUCCCAGGAUACCACAUCAUGAUACCCUUUAUUACCACCUUCAGAUCUGUUCAGACAACUUUGCAAACAGAUGAAGUGAAAAAUGUGCCUUGUGGAACAAGUGGUGGUGUCAUGAUCUAUUUUGACAGAAUAGAAGUGGUAAACAGCCUUGCUCCAAGCGCAGUGUAUGAUAUUGCUAAGAACUACACAGCUGACUAUGACAAGACGUUGAUUUUCAACAAAAUUCAUCAUGAGUUGAACCAGUUUUGCAGCGUGCACACCUUACAGGAGGUCUACAUUGAAUUAUUUGAUCAAAUAGAUGAGAACUUGAAAUUGGCUUUACAAAAAGAUUUGAAUGUUAUGGCACCUGGCCUGACCAUACAGGCUGUUCGAGUUACAAAACCUAAAAUUCCAGAGGCAAUUAGAAGGAAUUUUGAACUUAUGGAAGCAGAAAAAACAAAGUUGCUUAUUUCUACGCAGAGGCAAAAGGUUGUGGAACAAGAGGCUGAGACUGAAAGAAAACGGGCUAUCAUUGAGGCAGAAAAAGUUGCACAAGUAGCCCAGAUUCAAUUUCAACAAAAAGUUAUGGAAAAGGAAACACUGAAGAAGAUUUCUCAAAUUGAAGAUGCUACUUAUUUAGCCAAACAGAAAGCUAAAGCAGAUGCAGACUUCUACACUGCACAGAAGACUGCAGAAGCCAACCAGUUAAAACUAACUAAAGAAUAUCUGGAGAUGGCUAAAUACCAAGCAAUUUCAACAAACAGCAAAAUUUACUUUGGAAGUGACAUCCCAGACAUGUUUUUGGAUACGAGUGCCUUUCAGCAGAACACUGUAAGGAGGACUGAGGAAAUUUCCUCCUGUGAGGAUAAUUCAUCUAAAGCUGCAUCGAGCACAAGACAAAAAGAUGCAGUAAAAGACUCCACAGAGACUUAGUCUGAAGAAACGAGAAAUGACAGUGCUUUGUUCAAUAUUGAAGAAUAUGGAUUAUACAAAAUGGUUGGACUAUGCUUGCAAGGAUUCUGGUAUGACAACCAUCAGAUUGGGUGUAGCAUUCUAUUAAGGGGUACUGUUUUUAUAAAGCAAUGCUGGAAUGGCAACAUUGGAAUUUUGACACAUUAAUGACUAAAACUCUAUUUAUGACCAGUAUUUCCAAACACUCACUCUGUCAAAAGCUGAUGUGUGUGUCUAAUACAAAAUGUUGCACCUAACUGAAAGCUGAUUGUGAUAUUGUGAAUUUACAAAUACCUGUAAUAAGGAUUACUUUGUGUAUUUCUAGGCAUGUCACAGCAUUCAUGAUAAGAAUGUCUGAAUGCUGUGAUUGUGCAUUUUGCAAUUGUGAUUGAUUAUGAUCAAAUCAACAGGAAAGUGAUUGACAGCUGUGAAGAAUAUUUUUAACUUGGGCAAACUAUAAUACUCUUAAAUGGAUCAAUGGAAUUAGAAAAUGUUUUAGAAUUAUCAAGGUACUGUUGUAUUUCAACAUCUCGCAUUACCCUAUUUUCCUUUUGAUUUUCAUUUCUCUUCUAAUGAUUCCCCUAGUCACAAGUUGGUAAUACCAUAAUCAAUAUUAAUUUUUUUUUUCUCAAGGACAUGAACUUUUAUACAGCCUCUUAAAUAUACGUUGGCAGUUCUGGGCUCUGGCUGCUUUGAAUUCCAGCAAAACGAUGCUGAUCUGUACUGUUAAAAUGCAGCAAACACCUUUUUUUCAAUGAAGCUUUGUGAAAGAAAUUUUUCAGUUUUGUUUGAAGAUUCAUUAUUGACAUUUUAAGGUGGAUUUGGGCCCUCUUACUGAAUUUUGGAAACUGUUUUUGGCAUUGUAUUUCCUGCAGCAUGAAGUCUUGAAAAUAUUUUUGCUUGACUACUUUUUUCCAAUUUAUCAACAUUUUUAACACUGACUUAAAAUCAUCCGUUGCAGUUGUUGUACUAAUGCCAGUGAAGGUAUCCCUUUUAACUAGUUGCAAGUUGCAGUUCUGAUGUGGAUCCAGCACUGCUUUGGUGGAAAGAUUCAAAUUUAAAAUUUGUUAUAACCACUCACAACUGACCCCUAACUCUAGGUGGUGAUGCAAAAUUCCGUAAUGGUCUUUUCCUAAUUGAUUUCUCACACAUGUGUAAUUGUUGGAAAAAUAAGUGAGUUAAAAGGAAAUAUUAAUGUGUUGGAUGGAUUGUAGGUAAAUAUUAAAGGUAUCUUUUCCUUUCAAAGAGCCCUACUCUGAUUUCUGGGCGAUUGGUAUAUGCAGAUACUAAUGUUUAUUUUUGAUAAUUCACAAUAUGGUAGAAACAUUUUACAUCAUGCUGUGUAGUUGAUAUCUUUGUAGUGUUCUAGCUUUUAUAUGCAAUAUUUGUAAUGAGCGAAUGCAUACCUUUAUCCCCAGAUUUUUUUAAGGUUUUGAUGUUAAAAUUGAACAUGGGUUCCAAUGGGUCUGACUUGUUUCUCAUGUAUAAAGCUGUGCCUGUCUCAAAUGAUGUACCAAAAAAAUCUCAAUUUCUAUAUAAGCAAAGGUUUGACUUGAUUUAAAUUUAAUUUCAUUUAUAUUGGGAUUUGUUGGGUUUUCACUUGCUGCUUUUGGCUCUGAGUAUACAAUGCAAUUUGUGUUUUCAAUUGGUAUUUUUGAUGUGGACUGUAAUAAAUAAUUUGCACUUAA